AUGUGUAUCUGUCGUUUGAAGUUGUUUUCCAGACUCCUAGCAGUGUUCACGUCUCAACUGAUGACUUGCAUUGGGUACCCAACACAUGUGCCAAUCACAGUUUGCGAAAGCCUUUUUGCGUAUCAUUUUACUUAGCCACCCCCGGCCUUACCCACUCCCCCUCAACCGCCCAACACAAAUCCAUACAGAAUCCACGUGAGUAAUGAGAGCUAUACACGAGAUGGUCAGCUGACUGUAACGGUAAAUGGUACCAAGGGUUUUAAGGUGAGGGGGUUCAUACUUCAGGCGCGUGCUGCAGGGGAUUCAAGACCUGUUGGUACCUUUCAGGGGAACCUGUCUCCGAACCAAACCUAUAUGUGGUGUUCCGGUGGAGAGCCACAGAACACAGUGACACACCAACGUUCCAGACCACCACAGAUUACCGCCUUUUAUACGCUUGAAUUUACCUGGAAAGCACCAGCAGAGAGCGUUGGAAAUAUCACAUUUUGGGGCACCUUCGUCGAAAAUUACACCAGUUUUUGGGUCGGUGUUCAGUCUGUGACUGUCAGUGGCCCUGCAUUGGACCCACAACAGCCACCAGUGAUACAGCCUGGCUUUGAGAUAACGAAAUAUGGUUGCGGCAGCCAAAAAGGUUGUUAUUCUGAGCCCACAGACUGCACAGAUAGUUCAAACUGCGAAUUCUUGGUCACCUAUGAAACAAAAGGAGAAAAUGUUACAUUUGAGAUGAGUGGAAAACAUGGCUACGUUUCUAUCGGAUUCAAUUCCAAGCAGAAAAUGGACCAAACGGACUCCAUUACUUGUUCAACUUCAUCCAAUAACGCUGUAGAAAUUAGACACUAUCACUUAGAUUACAAUCAGCCAAUCAGGACUGACUUGGAAAACUCUACGGACAUAAUUCGCGAUAUAGGAGCGUAUGAGAAUGGAACAGUUACUUGCAAGUUUGUUCGCAAAAUUUCACCCACUGAUCCGAGGAUGAAAAAUUUAACCAAGAGCUGGUUUUUUGUAUUUGCUUGGGGUAAAGUCAGUAACACAGGAGCUCUUUCUUAUCAUAGAGAAAAUGCGACAUUUUCCUUAGAACUGGUGAAUGUUACCCAACCUGCCGUGCUGAAAAACGGGCGUAAAACAGCACCAGCACCCACCCCCGAAGGUGAACUUGAGUUUUUAACUUCUCAAUGUGGCCAAACAAAGAGUUGUUACUCGGAGCCCACAGACUGUACAUCUAGCAGCACCUGUGACUAUCUUGUCACAUUCGAACCUUGCGAAGACAAGAAUGACGUCAAAUUUGAGUUGAGUGCGAAGGCUGGUUGGGUCGCCAUCGGAUUCAACAAAGAGAGCAAAAUGGACGGUACAGAUACUAUUAUCUGCUCUCGCUUAAAUGAUGACACUGUAGCCACGGAGCACUAUAGCCUGACUGGCCAUGACAACCCAGUUCAAACCAAACCGACUCCUGCAGGCCUUAUGGUGAUCUCUGGUGCGUAUCAAGACGGAGUCAUUAAGUGUAGAUUUUCUCGAAAUAAAACAGCAAAUGGCAUGUUAGGAUUGGACCAAGAAGUGUUCUUAAUUUACGCUCGUGGUGAUGUGAAUGGUGGUAUACUUAUCCGGCACACUCACAGGUCACCCAGCACAAGUAAAGUCGACGUUUGUAAACUGAACACCGCGCUCGAGAGUAAGACUACGGACAACAAGCUACUGAAAGCUCACGGCUCGCUAAUGGUGGUGGCCUGAGUUGGGUUUGCAACCCUGGCUAUGUUUGCCGCGCGUUAUAUGAAGGACGUCUGGGGAAAACUAUUUGGACUUAAGAAGUGGUUCCAGGUUCACAGGGCACUGACUGUAAGCUGUUUGAUUUUCACUCUAGUCGGUUUUGUGCUGGUUUUUGCUCACGUCGAAGGCUGGUCUGAAGCAGAUGUGGCACACUCUGUACUAGGGGUUAUUAUCACUCUUCUUGUCUGUGCACAGCCCAUUAUGGCGCUCAUGAGGCCUAAACCAGCAGCCGAGAAUCGAUGGAUUUUCAACUGGUGCCAUCGUUGCGUUGGCAUCUCUGCAUUUAUUCUUGCGGUGGCCAACAUAUUCCUUGGCCUUCGCCUGCCUCAUUUAAAUGCUGAAGUCGGAGUUUAUCUCAUGACCUUUUUCUGCGUCGGCCUGGUAGCAGUUGUUGCACUUGAGAUCUACAUUAGGUGCCAAAAGAGUAAGAAAGGACUACUUUACAUGACCUUUGGAUUCCUCGUUGUCCUAACCAGUACUGUUUGUUUUGCCCUGCUUCUUUUCAUUACCAUGGCAACUUGAAACCCAAAACCUCAGGACUUCUGUUGACCCUUUUGUUCGACUCGGAAAUGCUUCUGUCAUUCAUACCUAUUACCAAAGCAACUUUAAGAAUUAACAAGUGAAUCCCACGACACGACUUUAUCCAGCGUGUGUUACUUAGUAGAGAUUCUCGUUUUAAACUCGUCUUCUUUUCUGAUAUUUUAUACGCAAAAUCUUCAAUCAAUGCAUCGCAACAUAAUGGAACUGUACGUUACUUAACCUCGAAGGUUUCAUUCAUGUAUGUUGUAGCCUAUUCUUGGCGCUCAACUGGUAAACAAGGCAGUUAUAAUUUCUGCGGGGCAAACUGUAAGAGACUGCUUCCAACGAUUAUCCUGAUCACGAUCUGUUCCAGACCUCCCUCGUUUAUUCGCUCUUCGCUUUUUAUCACGCCCCUUUACCAACUAAUUGCCAGGAACAGGUUAACCGCUAGUUUAUAGAUGGAGGAAUCUUAAAGAUAAUUUUAUAUUCUCGAGAUAUAUUAUUCUUCAACCAACAACAACCUGUCGUAAUAGAGGUUUUGGCUCUUCAGCGCAGUCAAGUACAUAUACAAUGAAUGAAAUAUUUCAUCGUUGAUCUCACGAUGUUGUUGCUUCGGAUUUGUGCCUUUCAUUGGUCAGUUAUGGGGAAAAAAGAAAUUAAAAGGUUCUAUCUCGUCAACACUGACAAAGCGUGUCAUGAUUUUGGUGGA